AUGGCUGUCCCACAAGAGUAUGAGAUAAUAAGAGACUUAGAUACGGUGCGUGAGGCAAUAAUUGCUGAAAACAGAGGAAUUUUAUUGUUUCUCGUGAAUAAAUAUCGCCAAUAUUUACCACGCGAAAUAUAUAAAACAGAACAUAUACCAUCAAGCAGGGUAGAUCAACUAUCUUGCUGUCUUGUUCCACAAGACAUAUCUCCAAAUCUCGUGCCUCUUAAAAGCACAGGAAACGGGAACUGCUUGUUCAACUCCGCAUCUAUUUUACUGAUUGGAAACGAAAGUUUGCAUGGUGUCCUUCGUCUUUUGACAGCUGCUGAGAUUUUUCUUCACUACACUUUUUACGCAAGUCAUCCAAG